AUGCUGGCAAUGGCAAUGGCAAUGGCAGGGAUUGACUCGGCCAGCAAUCUCAAUGACAACAACUUCCAUGGGUCAAUCCCGUCUGGCCUCUUCCACCUCCCCAUGCUUUACUCACUGCAAGUGGCAAACAACUCUCUUUCCGGGAACCUUCCAGUGACGCUUAAAGCCUCCUCUACACUUGCCACGCUUAGCUUUGCAGGAAACGGCUUCACGGGCUCCUUGCCAGACUUCUCACUGUGGAAGGGCAGCUUUGAAAGGCUGGAGCUGAGCCACAACAACUUCACAGGGCCCAUUCCUGACUCCAUCUCCACGCUCUCCACUCUGCAGGCCAUCAUCCUCGACAGCAACCAACUGAUCGGGACCAUUCCAGCUGCCAUCUUCAACAUGACGAACCUACAAUCUCUCUACCUGGCCAACAACCGUCUGAGCGGCAGUCUGCCGUCUGCCAUCAGUCGCUUGGAGAAGCUCCAACAAAUCUGGCUGGACAACAACAGCAUCGAGGGCCCUCUGCCAUCCACCAUCUGCUCGCUGCCCUGGCUGUGGCGCAUCAUGGUGAGCAACAACCAUCUCUACGGGCCUCUGCCAGACUGCCUCUUCGACAAGUGCAUUAACCAAAUCGACGUGAGCAACAACAGCCUGUACGGGCGCAUCAACCACGACUUCAACAGCAUGGUGGCGGACGGGGAGGCCCUCAUCAACCUCGCACACAACUUCUUCUACGGAGAUGCAGUGCUCUUUGCCGCGGGCUGCCGGGUGUGCCCCGAGGAGAUCACCCAGCGCAACCAGCUGCAGCUGGGCGACAGCAGCGUGAGGCUGGCAGGGAAGUGCAGCGACACUGCCUUCUCUGGCCAGCGCGACUACUCGGUGGUGGGGGCAGGCAAGGGCGCCCGCGGGAGUCUCGCAGGCAACUGUCUGACCCUCAAACGGGAUGUCAAGUGCCCGUCCAACGCCACUCAGCGCAGCACGGCAGCCUGCCAGGCGUUCUGCAGCAUCACGGACAACGGCCCGUGUGAUGGCCAUGGGGCGUGUGUGCCGCCUGCGCCAGACGCCCAGGCCAACUUCACAUGCAUGUGCGACGCCGAGUACUCCUCCAUGGACCUGGGCAACGGCUCCACCUGCGCCAUCCUCAGCUCCACCACCACUGCUGGUGUCAUCGUAGGCAUCACUGUGGGGUGCUUUGCCGGAUUCACUCUGCUCACUGCUGUGCUUGCCUGGCUACUGUGGCCCCGUCGACAAAGGAAGUGGGAGGGGCUGGACCUGUGCGAGCAGUUCACACUGCAGCAGCUCGUGAAGGCCACGGACAACUGGGCGCCUGAGAACUUGCUGGGGCAAGGCGGGUUUGGCACUGUGUACAAGGGGUGCUCGCCGCAGGGGCAGCUGUGGGCAGUGAAGCGCUCCACUGUCAUGACCAACGAGUUUGAGACGGAGGUGCGCGCCAUGGCAUCGCUGCACCAUGUGAAUCUGGUGCGCCUGCUGGGCUUCUGCCAGGACCAGAACGUGGAGAAGGGCAAGCAGGAGCAGAUCCUCGUGUACGAGUUCGUGGGCAACCGAGACCUGCACCACCACCUCUACAAGACUAAGAGCGUUGUGCUCCUGGAGUUGCUGACUGGAAAGCCACCCUCUUACCAUGGAUACUCUAUUAAGAUCUGGGUGCAGCAGCGGGUGGAUGCAUAUGAGUUGGACGAGCUCAAGGAUAGCAAGCUGCAGGCCAGUGACGAGGCCGUGGUGGACUUUGCUGACCUGGCGCUGGACUGCACAAAGGCGCCGGGCACACGCCGCCCCGACAUGAAGGACGUGGCAUACCGUCUCCGUGCCCUCAUUGACAAGCACUGCCCGGACGAGGAAGAGUGGGAGUGUGGUAGAGAAGGGAGUGCCACCGGAGAGGAGUCGUCUACCACGACAUAUCCUGCUGGCGGGAGCUCAUUGCUGAGCUGGCUGUCACAGGGGUUCUCUUCGGGAUACUGA